AGAGGCAACAUGGCGGCGUCCAGUAACGCGGACCAUUCUCCAGAGAUAUCGACGCCGUUAAAGAUACCGAAAACCGAGGUGCCAUCCCCCGAGUCGGAGGAUUUGAGUGACAGUAAUCAAUACCACUCCAAUCCCUCGACCCCUAACCGCUUCUCGCCUUUGGACGUGGGCUCAGGGACCGCGGGCCGGACGGCGGCCUCAUCCUCCAACAGCUUCACGGCUUGCCGGGGGAUGUCGUGGACCCCGUCCGAGACAAACGCCCUCAUCGCGGUCUGGGGCAACGAGAGGCUGACGGAGGCGCGGAUGCAGCAGCUGGAGGUGGCGGGCACCGUGUUCUCCGGUAAGGCCCCCGGUCCUGCCAUGUACGAGCGGGUGUCCAGAGCCUUGUCGGAGCUGGGAUAUGAGAGGACCCCGUCCCAGUGCAGGGAGAGGAUGAAGACACUGCGGCGCUGCUACAGCCGUGUGAAGGAGCACGGCAUCGGCAAAAGGAAGAGCAGCUACACUAUUGAGCAGCUGGAGAAGGUGUUUGGUCAGGGAGGCUGGGACUCCCAGAGCUGUGCCCCGGUGCUGAUCAACAGCAGUGGGCUGUAUCAGGAGAUGGAGUCCGAUGGCAGCACCCUGGAAGACUUCUCCCAGGAGGACUGGUGCAACCAGGUGCUGGACUCCGCCUUCCAGGAGGGAGACAUGGAGACUGAAGAAAUCCAGGUGCCUAAAAACAGAGCUCUGCAGAUUCAAGCAGAGCUGUCAGAACAAACUCAAAAAAGGGACAUGAUGCAGACUGUGAUGCGUAUCCUGGAGUCAGUGCAGCUGAAAUGGGAGCACUUCCAGACGUGGACCGAGUUCUCGCGGCUGCACCUCUCCAACAAACUGGCCAUCUUCGGCGUGGGCUACAACACGCGCUGGCGCGAGGACGUGCGUUACCACUAUGCUGAAAUCAGCUCGCAGGUGCCGCUGGGAAAGAGGCUCCGCGAGUACUUCAACCCAGAGAAGCCAGAGGGCCGCGUCAUCAUGACCAAAGUUCAGAAGAUGAACUGGAAGAAUGUCUACUACAAGUUCCUGGACAUUACCAUCAGCGAGGCGCGCUGCCUGGAGCUGCACAUGGAGGUGGACUGGAUCCCUGUAUCCCAGUCCAGGGCAGCAGGCUGCAGCAGAGGCUCAUCCCACUACCUCCUCCCUGGGGACAUCCCCAAGGCGUACGGACUCUACGCUAUUGGCUAUGAGGAAGUGUCAUCCUCUAGCGACACCGCUCAGACCUCUCCCCAAGGUAACAGCGAAGACCAUAGCUUACCUCAGUGCGAGUUAGAGAACGGGGCACAGGCUGACGGAGAAGGGAAAGGUGACAGGACUGGGCUCAAAGUCACUUACUGCUACUUAGGCAUAGCUGAGGAUAGGACCAUACAGCAGUGUCUCUUCCAGCACUUUCAGGGUUCUGGCAAACACUACAGCCACAGCGAACCCUCUGCUGUGACGCGUUUACUGCAGGAGAACUGCCGUGUCGCCGCCACAAGUCUGGAUGGCGAGGGAGGGGAGGACUCAUCUCAGCGUUUAGCCAUUUACAUCAAAUUCAUUGAGGUGGAGCUGGACUUCCUCUCAGCAGGCUCCCUGGUGGAGUGCCUGGAAACCGCUGUCGGGUAUUCCUUGAAAUACAACAACAAAGAAGCAUCUUAACUACGCUCAGUGUUUGAGGGUAUCAACUAAAGAUAUGUGUUACAGCCAGUAAGGCAACAUGAAAGGUGACCAAUUCUGUUAUAAAGCAUGGAUGUGUGCUAGAGUCUGGCAUAUUUUUGCAGCCUUUUCAGCUCUAAGGAACUGAUUUUUCAUUAGACCCUUGUUAAGUCUAAAAAGAAUGACUAUGCACAAUAUGGCUAAUGUAUUGUGUAGAAAUAUGGGAACAGUAGCUUAAGUAUUACAGAACUGCAACAUCCAAGAAGUAUGUACUUAUUAUUUUAGGCUAAUGUGCACUACAAAGGAUUCUGCUGCUUGUUUAGUGUAGAUAAAUAUUGCCUCAUCAGGGAGUGUGGGGUUGGCAAGGUGACUACUGCAGUAUGCAUCUGUCUACCUCAGUAGGAUGUAGCAUACAAGGCAGCGAGGGGACCAUAGCGUGUAUUUAUUCUAAAACUGCCUUUACUUUGACUGUCGAGGUCUGGACCUGAAUUCACAAAGCGUCUGAGAGCGACGGCUGGUUUAUGCCUUAUGUUUUGCACGUGUGACCGGGUUGCAGCUAGCGAUGCUUUCAUGCCAUUUAGAGUAAGCAUUUGCCAUUGCUUUACGGACGGUGUUGACCAAUGUAGUUACCUGUGUAUCCAGGACACAUCCGGGCCGUUUGGGCGUGGUUUUCUCUCUAAUUCAAUUCGACACCACACAUGGUGUAUCGACAGCUCUUUGCAGCGAGUAAACAAAAUACCACGUUUACAGACAGCAUCAUAAAUAAUAAACAUAUUUCCCACAGCUUACCGUGGCUGAAUCCAAAUGGAAAAGGCUCUGCAGUGUAUUUAAAAUGCUUGAAAGCUGCAAAAAGAGGAAAUUAACAGGGUGUCUGCAAUAUGUUAAAUCUGGAUUUAAGGCCUUAAAAUGUUAAAUAUGAUUUUGACACGUCUUAAAUUGAUUGGAUUAAUGAAGUUAAUGUUACUUGUACAAAGUUCCAAUUUUCAGUCUUGCUUUUAAAAGUGUUUUUGAUCAUGCUGUAACGACGACAAAACCAACACUGAUUGUUCUAUCCUUUGUACGAGGAUGGAUGUGAUAUAGGUCUUAAAUUGCAUUCAUGAAGUUGUUAAAACAGUCUUAAAUUGAACCUGUUGAAACCUGCAGAAACCCUGAUUAAAGUUUAUCAGAGCAUCUCUACCACCCACUGCUGUUAAAUCAUCAGCUGAGAGAGAUUAAGUGUCAUAGCUGCCUCCUCAUGCUGUUGCCCCAUGCUGCACUCUAUUUAACCAACGUUCCCGCCCCAGCAUGACCGAAUGGAGUGCAUUUUAAGCUAUGUUGGUUUAGCUGUUUAGCUCUCCUGCUGACUCUGUUGCAUGGUAUUUUAUAGCUCUAAUGCACAUUCAAAUGCUCGACUAGGCUGGCAGUAUUCAGUUUUGCUCUUGCACAAGCAAAACUUGUUGUGCACAACACUGAAGUUUGGCUUUGCUAGAUAUUCUGAAAUACUGCCAGAUUAGUAAGGACAUUCAUUCAUUUACUUCUUGUAUUCUUUUUUUUGUGCCAUGGUAUCAGCCAAAAUGAGAAAUCACUGCUAUUACACUGGAGUAUAAAUACACAGUAAGCCAGUAUUGGUAGCCAGUACUUUGGAGCAUCUCUAGCUGCAGCUGUGGGGUUGUGGCUUUCAGUAGACACCAGAGGGGGAGCUGUGUUGAUGAGUUACCAGCAACCUCCCACAUACUGGUAUGCUAAAUGCACCAGUCUUGCUGAUGACACAUAAGUGGUCACAGGUGUAAACCAGGCCUAAGAGCACUGAUCUAAGACUUCUAGUUAAGACUAUAAGCUGCAGGGGUUCAUUCAUCCUUGACCAACAAUCAAACUGAAUUAUUUCCAAACAUGAUUCCUGAGGUUAUGUGCAAUGUGCCAGGAGAGGAGAGGACUGUAGAGAAGAAUCAAACAGUGGAUAAGUCCAUAUUGAAUCUAUGUAUAUGAAAUCUACCUUAUAUAUCUAUAAUAUAUAUUUAAGAAUUCAAUGUUCUUGACCAUUCCGGCUUUUGCAGACUUGCAAUGUUCAUUUGUUUGGGUAUACAGUAUAUGAAGAUAAAUAUGAUAUUUUAUAUUUUAUUGGUUGACACCAUGUCUUGUAUGUGAUUGUUUGGAAGUCACCGUCUUGUAUGUUUACAUGUUUGAAAAACAAUAAAUGGGGCACUCACUGUCAU